AUGAAACCUCUUGAUAUGGCAUUAACAACUAAUAAACCAAUUAAUACUUGGACAAAAGAAGAAAUUAAAGAGAUUUAUAAUACACCACUUAUGGAACUUGUAUACCAAGCACAAGUUCAACAUAGAAAACAUCAUAAUCCUCAAGAAGUUCAAUUAUGUACUUUAUUGUCAAUUAAGACUGGUGGAUGUACUGAAGAUUGCAAAUAUUGUGCACAAUCCAAUAGAUACUCAACUGAUGUUAAAGCAGAAAAAAUGAUUAAAAUCGAAGAAGUUUUGCAAAAGGCUCAACAAGCUAAAGAUAAUGGUUCAACAAGAUUCUGUAUGGGUGCUGCUUGGAGAGAUAUGACUGGUCGUAAAUCAGGAUUGAAAAGAAUUGGAGAAAUGGUUACCAAAAUUAAUGAAAUGGGAAUGGAAACUUGUGUUACUUUAGGUAUGGUUAAUGAAGAACAAGCAGCUGAUUUGAAAAAAGCUGGUUUAACUGCUUAUAAUCAUAAUAUUGAUACUUCAAGAGAACAUUAUCCAAAUGUCAUUUCUACAAGAUCUUAUGACGAAAGAUUGAAAACAAUCGAUAAUGUUCAAAAAGCUGGUAUUAAAGCUUGUACUGGUGGUAUUUUAGGCUUAGGUGAAACUGAAGAUGAUCAUAUUGGUUUCUUAUACACCUUAUCAACAAUGGAAAAACAUCCAGAAUCUUUACCAAUAAAUAGAUUAGUCCCAAUUAAAGGUACUCCAAUGGAACAAGAACUUUCAAAAUUACCAAAAGAUUCAAAUAGAAAAUUAAAAUUUGAAAAUAUCUUAAAAACAAUUGCAACCGCGAGAUUAAUUAUGCCUUCUUCAAUCAUUCGUCUUGCUGCAGGUAGAUAUACCAUGAAAGAACAUGAACAAUUCUUAUGUUUCAUGGCUGGUUGUAAUGCCAUCUUCACUGGUGAAAAAAUGUUAACGACCAUGUGUAAUGGCUGGGAUGAAGAUAUCGAAUUACUUCGUAAAUGGGGCUUAAAACCUAUGAAGAGUUUCAGAAAGGAAAAGUUACCAACUACUAAAAUUGACGAUCAACCAUCUCCACAACCUCAACCUGCCUCUGCUAAUGUUUGA